GGAUAACGAGCAGAUUAGCAGCGUGCCACUUCACUCUCCCCCGUCUGUACAAAAUCUCACCACCAAUCCAAUCCCAAUGGCGGCGACGAUGACGUCCUUCGCCCCCUGGAUCCUCACUUCUCUACGUACUUCUCCCUCCCCUCCGCCAACGACAAGUCGUUUCUUCAAGCCCGCUAAUUGCUCACCCAUCAUCCAACAACAACAGCAACAACAAGAGGCUGACGUGUCAAUUCUGUGCGAGGAUUGCAACGGGAGAGGGUGGCUGCUCUGCGACUUUUGCAAAGGGCAGAAAACGAACGUGAAAUCCGAGACCAGUCGAAUCUACCGGCGAUGCCCAUCUUGCAGAGCUAUUGGUCAGGUGUUGUGUUCAAAGUGCAAGGUUUUCAAAUGUGUCACAUUCCCAAAUUACAAUGAUGGUGAUGAGGUGUCUUUUUAAGCCUCCAAUUUCUUGUAUCAAACAUGCAUCCGAAGUCUCGAGUUCAAUUCUCUUCUCCGCUCGCUAAUAUAUAAAUGUGAUAUGAGUGAUUGAUUCCUCCAACUUUGAGUUUGAACAACUUAUGUUCAUUAUUCAGGUUCUCAUCUUUUUUCCUUGUGUGUGGUUUUGUUUGAGAGGAAGCAAUAAUACAAUUUACAAGUGAGAAUUAGAAAACCAUUUUCCAGGU